GCUCAGGCAAAACCCAGAGUGACGAGCCUGGGUGCCGUUACAUCACGAGUUGAGCGCCGAUCGUGGCCUUCGAACACGUGUCGCGCUGUCUGCGUUCGCCGGGGCGCUCUUCGUCGUGUGUCACGCAACGCUGCCGCUGAACGUCAAUUGAACUUCCUACUCUUACCACGUGACACAGUUUGCAGAGCGCAUCUGGCAGGGCUUGCGGAGCUACUUCCCAAGAUUGAUAUAGAGAGAGAGCAGCGUAGUUAGGCGGACCACUCUCAUCUGGUGGUGGCUAUGUUGUGAUAUUGUGCGUUCCUGUAAAGACUGCUGCUGCUGUUGUGUGCGAACGUGAGUUGGGUGAAAGGCUUGACUAUACCAUGUAUACCUUCGCGAGAAGCCUGCUCGUAAAACGUAACCUGGAGCGUGUUUUUCCUCGUUGGCACUUGUGUUCAAGACAACAGUCGUCAUCGUCGAAGAAACUGACGUCAAGCUACUACUUCCAACCGCACGCUUCCGCCCUGUUGGGUGACACUUUCGGCAAUGCCAUCGACAGGGCGGCUGCACAGUGGGGAGGAGACAUAGGUUGGGUCUUUGCCAAGGAAAGCAAGCAUAUAACCUAUGGGCAGUUCAAGAACGAUGUGGAAAAGGCAGCGACCGGUCUGCUGUCAGCAGGGUUCCGGAGAGGCGACUCAGUAGCCAUAUGGUCUCCAAACACGUAUAAUUGGAUCGUGAUGUACGGGGCCCUUGCGAGGGCUGGCAUGGUAUCGGCCUGCAUACACCCCGCGUACACGGCUGCCGAGUUUGAGACGUGUCUUAAGAAGGUAGGCUGUGCAGGAAUAUACAUUCCAGAGUCCUACAAGACGAUGAAGUACUAUGACAUUCUAAGCGAUAUGAUACCCGAGCUGAGGGACUCUGCGCCGGGUCAGCUCAAUUGCGAGAAGUUUCCGUUUCUUCGAAGCGUGCUUGUCGAUAGCGAAAAGUCUUUGGGAGGCUCCAUAAACAUUCGGGCCAUAUUCGAAGGUGGAAACGCGGACAUUACACAAGUGGAAGGAGAUAUCGGCAUUGAUGAUCCUUUGACCAUUGUGUUUACUUCGGGUACCACGGGGACUCCAAAGGCAGCUAUGAUCUCGCAUCAUAGCUUCGUAAACAAUGCCUUAGCAUACAGCUACAGGAAUCCAGUGGAUAGGAGGAAUUCAAUAUGCUGCCCACUCCCAUUCUUCCACGUCUUUGGAAUGAUGAUAACCCUUGGAGUGGCAACGGUCACCGGUACCAAAGUCAUUGUACCAAGCCCUGGUUACGACAUCAAAGACAUCCUCGAAACGAUUGAGAAACACAGGUGCGUAGAAAUCUCUGGCGCGCCAACGAUGCAUUUGGAUAUUCUGGGUCAUCCUGAUUUUUACAAGUACGAUGUGUCAUCGGUGAAGAAGGUGGUUAUGGGCGGAAACAUUUGUCCCACAGACGUCAGGAAGUUCGUCGGAGGGAAGCUGAAUGCUGCUGUUACUGUUGGUUACGGUGCUACGGAAACAACGACAGCGGCAUGUCUAGUUGGAGAUACAGAUCCCGAAGACAAGAGGCUGACGACAGUAGGCAAGCCGUUGCCGUUUGUAGAAGCGAAAAUUGCGGACGUUUCGACGGGAAAAGAAACCGCAAUCAACGAGCCGGGUGAGGUGUGGAUACGAGGACACAACAUCUUCUUGGGCUACCACGGUGAAGAAGCCAAAACACGCGAAGUCUUCACAGCAGCCCGUUGGUACAAGACAGGUGAUGUUGGCACCAUGGACGAAGAAGGCUAUGUCACCAUAAUGGGUCGCUUGAAGGACAUGGUUAUCAGAGGAGGUGAAAAUAUCUACCCCAUUGAAAUAGAAGGAGUUCUGAAUGCCCACCCCGACGUUCAAGAGGCUUUGGUGCUUGGUGUACCCGAUAAACGUAUGGGUGAGGAACUGUGCGCGUGGAUUGUUCCCAAGGAGGGCUCUCAACCUAAGGGUGAAGAUCUUCAAGAGUACUGCAAGGGAAAAAUCAGUCAUUUCAAGAUACCGAGGUACUUCAUUUUCCAGGCAGACUACCCGAAGACAGCAAUAGGCAAAGCACAAAAACAGGAGAUGCGAGUGUUAGCGGCCAAGAAACUAGGAUUAUGAAAAUUGUAUAGGUGACAUCGAAUUGUAAAUUUUGCAUACUUGUUCAUCCAUCCAAUACUCCUUCAAUAUUGUCUAUAUAACUACUCGAACGAUGCAGUGAAAAGAAAAAAAAAUGGCGGAGGGCGUCACCGAUGCUGUGUCGUAGAACGUCUGUGGUCAGCGGCAAUUACCGCCCGAAACCAGCAUCAAGUUUCCUCUCACAUGCAGCGCUGAGAUGAUCUCUGCUGUGAAAAGUACAACUCCCCCUUGUUUUGAAGCCAUGUAAAACCGUCGUUCAAGGUCGACCGAAAUUUUAUUUCUUUAAAUACAAUGGAAAAUUUGGGAAGCAUUAAACUACGUUAGUUUUUUUUAUGUUAUUCUUAAAAAAUUCUUAUACUUUUAAUGCACUUGCGGUAUAGAAAGAAGUGAGCUGCUGUCCUAAUCACUGCAGGACACGUUUCUGGAGGGAUUAAUCUGUGUGGAACACCUUUCCUCCAGGUUGCGCCCAGGCGAAAGAUGCAGACACACUGCUCCCCGCCAUGACACUUUUGUAUGACCAUGAUAGCUCCAUCCUCUUCUUCCUCAUUCAUUGGCCUUGAAGAUGAAGCAGAUAACUGCCGCUGCUGCACGUGCUUCUCAAGCCGGUGACUCGAGAAAGAUUGCACUUCGUCCCCCGAAAAGUUUUAUUCAAUUCCUCGCACUGAUUUUUUCUCGAGCGAAAGCCUCGGUCAACCUUGAACCACUGCGUUGCACUCCUGGAAUGCCAUGUGCGGUCGCUACACCCAUAUCUAUGCUUGCGACACACUUGUCUUCCCUAUGCCUUGCCUCCACACAUGCCUUCCACCUCGAUGCUCUAUGGACGUUGUCGCGCGCGCGAAAGAACUUAACCAAAAUAGUUUACAAGGGGAGACCGUGCAGUCCAUUGCGCUACAUAGCACCACAAAUCGGGAGAGUUACUUGGGGGGCGUCGUCUGCUUGCAAUGCACGCGCCGCCCUCCGCCUCCCCUAAGAGUCGACUUUGGUAAAGUUCCUUCGACACCGCGCGACAGGAGAUCGUUCGCCACGAGCUUAGAUUGCAGACAAGUGUGUCGCGAGCAGUAACGUUAUAAGGCUGGUAUUCUGUAACUUGAUGUUCUUGUAAACAACAAUUAAAUCACGAUGAUGAUGGUGUGAGGGGUAUUGUCCGCUCUUGGAGCUGAACGCUGUCACAUUGCCGUUUCCUUAUAGUAUAUGAGGUGAUGAUAAUUGUGCUAAAAGAGCGUGCUUAUAAACGAAAACCGUACGAGAAAUGGCAUUCUGUGUGGCAGAAAUGACCAGUGAAAGAAACACGCCGUCAGGGGAGCUUGUUGGGCGUCGUAUCACCACGGACAGUACAGCAUAAAUUACUUUUAUUCCAUCAAGUAGGAACAGGAAAAGUACAAACAUUCACGGGAUUUUCUCUUCCCAGACGAAGAACAAUGUUGCAGUACGUGAUACUGCUGUAAUCCUCAAUGUACAAUUAAUGUACAAGACGUUGACACGGCAGUCUCGUCACUGCACAGUUUACUGCGGACUAUAUUUACAGAAAGUUUAUACACGGCAACCUUUGCGAUGACUCUGCCGGUUGUGAAUACGCUAUUCGUGUGACUUUUGUGACUUGCGACUUCUUUCUUUUUUUGGCGAUCAACGUUUUGGCAUAUACGUUGCUGUCUAGUAGUCUGACAGCUUUCCACGAGCUAAAAAACUAGCAGAUGUGCAAUUCACGUGACUUUCGUUUGUGAACCUUUCUAUAGUAUACCCGACGCAGAUGUAGCAGGACUAUAAGGGGCUGAUCCAUGAUUUUUGUGGCGGGGGAGUCAGGUAGGGGAUAGCCUGCUACAUACACAACCUGAGGUCUAUCGAAUCGCUCGAUGGCGACAGAGUGGGAGUGAAUUAAGCCAUGCGGACCCCUUUCCCCGAGAUCCGCCCCUGAGAACCAUAGCCUGCUAUGGCAAUCGUCUAACCGAAGCACGCGGUUAUACUAGGUUACCAUAUAGUUAUACGUGACAGCACACCGUAUCCUUCUCAUCAUCAUCAUAGUCCUUAACAUCUGCCUUGCAAUUACUCUUGACGUUGUCAGCACUGUGCGAGAUGUAGCGAAAUACGCCCAGGGAGAGGCCAUUUUUGGCGUCCUUAGUGGGAGUGCCAGCGAUAGCUAAGACCUUCUCUUUGUCCGGCUUCGCUUGAGCACUAUCGGCAAAGCUAAACUGGUUGGGACGCUCUAUUUCUGGGAAGAGUUUUUGCAACGUGACCUUCACCACAUUGCUCACGGGGCAUUCACAGACCAGGAAGAAGAUGUAGGAUACCAGGGCCGUUAUUACGGUGUGGCUGAAGAAGUCAUUCACCUACAAGGAGUUGUAAAAUAGUAAUGUUACACGGGUAAUACAGAACCACAUAUCUGUUGUGUAUACAUUAAAAAAAUCGCUUUAAAAUUUU